CACCGGUAAUCCCGAUCGAGUCGUAAUGCGGCGUGCCAGUGAUUUUUCCGAAAAGACUCCACGAUCUUCGGAGAUUGUGAAGGAAGCUAGGAUAAUCGCCUAUGUUUCAGCCCAAAAUUGGAUGCAAAAAGAAUAUCGAUAUGAAGAUAUGGAUAUUGACAAAUUUUACAAGGAAGGUUUUUUGAUAUUAGAAAAUGGAUUAACACCGAAAGAACUCGAUUGUCUGAGAAAUGAAUGUGAUGUUUUAAUUAAUCAUAUCUACAAUACUGGUUUGGAUCUCUUGGAAGAUUUCGGAUGUACAGAACCACUAAAUUGCGGGUACAUUGAAUUUAAUGGGGUCAACCUCGCUCAAUCUAAAGAAAAAUACAAGUCGGAUAAAGAAACGUAUCGUCGAUAUCGCUUACAAAUUAGCGGCGAAUAUGCUGUUGAUUUGAUUCUGGGAAAAAUUGCGAGAUUGGCUGGGAAGCUAUUACCAUCUACUCGUAAUGAUGGUAUUUAUCUUUUCAAUGAACAAUUUAUUGUAAAACCACCGAGAAAUUCGCGCGCAAGAUUUGAAUGGCAUCAGGACUCGGAAUAUAUGGACGAGAGAUCAAGAUCAGUUCCGUCAAUUGCAUGCUGGAUCGCUUUGGAUGAUAUGAGCAAGGAAAAUGGAACACUAUAUAUUGAGCCAUAUCCGAUAAUCUCCAAUCAAACUCUAAAUAUACCCAUAAAUUUGGACAACAUUUCCCAUGAUUGUUAUUUCAAGUGCAGGGAACUCCUAAGAAUCACUAGGUCAAUG